GCAUGCGCCGUAAAGAACUACAUCACCGCUUGGAAGAGACGUGAACAGAUGGUCUACAAAACCCAGAGUUUUAAGCCUUUUAUAUCGAAUUUCUGUCCUAAAACAACAUCUAACCGACGUCCAGACAUUUCCAAAGGUUGUCGCGUGAUAGCUACAUCCCUAACAAGGAGCCAAGAUGAUGGAGGAGGUUUCAAACGAGUCAGACUUUGACCUGGAGAUGGAGGGUCUGAGUCUGGAGAACCAGCCGGACGUGGAGCGCUGGCCUCCCGUGGGCGCCACGUCCUCCCCCACCCCGGGGGCGCAGGGGGGCGGGGACCAGCCGCACGUGAGCGAGAUCGAGCGCUUGCGAAUGUUGGAGCAGGAACAGGACCAGCUGAACUCCUCGCUGCUGGCGCUCACCACGCACUUCGCUCAAGUACAAUUCAGACUCAAGCAGAUCGUCACAGCACCGACGGACGACAAGGAGGGUCUCCUGAAGGAACUGGAGGAGUUUGCCUUCCAAGGCUGCCCUGACGUACGCGGCUGUGUCACGCAGGACGCACAGAUCCUGGACGACAUGAGCGAGCGCGAACACGAGUUCCGUAUUCUGGAACAGCGCGAGAAACAACAGGAACUGAUCAAACAACUCAAGAACCAACUGGAAGAUUUAGAAGACUUUGCGUACAAGGAGGGAGCCAUCGACAUGCCCACAGCUGUCAUGCAGGAGAAACAGAAGGUCAUCAUUGACCAACUGACCAGUAAGAUGGACCUGGACAUCGACGGGCUGGACAAACUGUCCACAGAGGAGCUACGGCACAGGGUGGACAACGCCGUGGGGGAAAUUGUCAACCCUGCCAAGGUGAAAGAACAGGUGAUCCACCAGCUGAAGACACAGAUCACAGACUUGGAGAUGUUCAUCGAGUUUCUUCAAGAGAACGGGGGAGAUGUCGGACACGAGAAGGAGGGGUGUACCUGUCCUGUUCAUGGUGAGACCAGGAAAGGUGGGUGGGUUAGGAGGGUGUACCUGUCCUGUUCAUGGUGAGACCAGGAAAGGUGG